AUGUCCUUAAAGAAGCAACUCGCAGAAUUAGACGUGAAGUUAAAGGCCUUAACCUUUCGAACCAAAUGCAGUGACGAGGUUAUUGAAAAAGGCGAAAAAACAGCAGUAGAGAGACAGAAAGAAUCUAUCGUGGCAAUUGUAAGUACAAUUAACAUUUUAAAAGGAAAUAUCGAGGAAGCGAAAUUUUGGGCAGGGUGAAGAUGAAGCCGAUAUAGAACAAUGGUCGUGAGACAUUGAAGCGCAAGUCACCAUAGCUGACCAGAGUUGCAAAAAACUUGACGAUUUUAUUAAUGAUAUUGAUAGCAAAGCAAGAGAAUUAGAAUUGGCUAAAAAUCAUGACCAAACAUUGAAAUUUGAGAAACAGCUUUUAGAACAAAAACUUGAGGCUGCUAUCAAAACCAAAGAGCUCUCUGAAAGUACAGUGCGCUUACCAAAGUUGAAUAUAUAAAAAUAUUUCCUACGGAAAUAUGUUUUUUUAUGUCAAGCCUGAAUUAUAGUGAUAAGAUAAAAGUAGGAAAUAGUUAGAUUGGAUUGUGGCAGAUUAAGGUGGGACUUGGCGGAGAAGGAAAUUCCGGUGCUUUUACCUACGUAAGAAACAUUAAGUCAAGGCCAAAUUUUAGCUACUAAAAGCAAAGCAAAGUUAUUCACUUCUCAAUUCAACUUUCUCGUGAUCGAGUGAAGACAUACGAAUUUUCUUUGACGUUUUGGACUUCUUUCUUUUACCUUUAUACAGGUGAGAUUUUCAAUUAUUAUUAUUCUUAUAUUAUUCUUAUAUUUUGAUACUUUUAAUUUGGGUAUUAUGGAAUUGUCACGCCCAAAAGUUCUUGUUUUUGGACACUCGUUUGUCAAACGUCUCCAUCGCGAUUUGCGCUCUAAUUUCGACGUCCGUGCGGCCAUUAGUUUUAAUAUAAAAAGGGCCUCCGUCAAAUUGCAUGGAAUUGGGGGACGCACAGUAGACAAGUUGAUCACGUUCGAUUUAGAUAAAGUUCGUUCAUUUCGGCCUGCCAUUGUAAUUUUGGAAGUGGGUACUAAUGACCUUAGCCAUAGCAAACCCGAAGUAGUGGGUUCCAAAAUCGAUGACCUCGUUCAUCUUUUACUUCAGCUCCCUUAUGUUCAGAUAGUAGGGGUUUGCCUAAUUACACAUCGGGCAGCUUCCCCGGAGUUCAACAGGCAGGCGUUUAUUUUGAACCAAUAUUUAGAGGUCGUUCUGGACGGUGUUCCCAACGUUUUUUGCUGGAGUCAUAAGGGAUUCUUACAGCGCGUAAAAUCUCCGUUUCUACCAGACGGUGUUCAUUUCAAUCGUAGAGCGCAAUACACGCUGUAUCGCAGUUAUCGCGGUGCUAUUCUUAAAGCUUUAGCAAGCCUUCCUAGUUGUUAG